UGAAUUCUAUAUAUAGCGUGUUAUUUUUGAAAUCACAGUUUGAAGUAAUGAGCUAAGUAAUCGAUUUUAAUGCUAAUAGAUGUAAUGGAUGGGCAGUGGAAAGAGUGUAACAAGCAUGAACAAUACCAUUUCCUUUCCACUGUGGUCACUACGAAGUGUCCGACUUCGUAUUAUCAUACUUCUUGCGGUUGCACUUUGUAUCGAAGGUUUGAUGCGUACCAAUAUGAAUAUGGCGAUGGUAUGCAUGGUGAAUUUAACAGCUGUCAUGCAAUUUGAACGUUCAUUUAACGCUCAAAAGCCAGAGGAAUCACUAGUGAAUCGCACUUACACUAUUUUGCCAAAUUCAUGUGCCAGAAUAUUUGAACGUAAACGAAGUUAUAAUGGUGAUUUGCUCUGGACAAGCCAAGAACAGGCAUGGAUUUUUGCCGCAUUUUACGUUGGUGGUCUCAUUGUUGUAUUUCCAGGAAGCUAUCUAUGCGACUUAAUAGGGCCAGCUCAUACUGUACAAAGUGGAGCAAUUAUUAAUAUUAUUGGUUCAAUAACUACGCCAUAUAUUUCACGCAAAGUUGGUGUUAUUGGCGUGAUUAUUCUACGGUUUUUGAUGGGUUGUGGUCAUGGUGUACUGACACCGUGUAUGAAUGUACUCAUUGCUCAUUGGUUUCCAUUAUCGGAAAAAAGUACGGCGGUUGCUCUAGCAACUACUGGCAAUCAGUUUUCCAUAAUUUUUGCUAUGUUCGUCACUGCUGAGCUCUGUCAAAUAUCACUUUUUGGUGGUUGGCCAGCUGCAUUUUAUCUUUACAGUUUAUUAGGCAUUGGUUUGUGUUUUGGAUGGUCUCUUGUGGUGAAGGACGUGCCAACUCGUGUGAAGUAUAUCACAGAUGCUGAAUUGAUUCACAUCACCGGCUCAGCACACGGACGCGGUCAAAAACGCAUAAUUCCUUUGAAUGUCCCAUGGCAAAAAAUAUUAUCGUCGACUGCAGUUUGGUCUACGGCAUUAAGUUCAUUUUGUCAAUCAUUCGUAGUUGUUGGUACCGUGACUUACUUACCUCUCUAUUAUCGCACUAUACUUAGUAUGGAUCUCACUUCUAACGGUGUGCUUUCGGCAUUGCCUUUUAUUUGUCAAUUAUUAAGCAAGUUGGCAUUUGCGAGUCUCGCAGACAAAGCGAAGGAAGUUGGGUUUUCUCCAAAUCAAGUUACAAAGAUGUGCAAUUUAUGUGCAUCACUUGGUGGAGCAUGCUGCUUCACCGCAUUAAUAUUUUUCGACUGCAGUCAUCGAAAUAAGGCGGUAAUUUUCAUUUGUUUAGCCAUGGGUAUUUUAUCUGGUUUUGUUCCAGGAUAUAAUACUAGCAUUGUAUGUAUUGCUCCAAAAUAUACAUCAUCAGUGGCUUCAUUCUGUAGGCUUUGGGGAACAGCUGGUUCCAUCACCUCACCUUAUAUCAUUGGAAUGAUCACCGUACAGAGUGUUAUGUCAGAAUGGAGGGCCGUGUUUAUAAUUAUGAUAUGUGUACUAAUAUUGACUGGUGCAAUUUUCCAGUUAUUUGGUACAGUAAACGAGCAAGAAUGGGCCCGAGAUGUAUCCGGUAUCUCAGUUCUAGAUUAUGUGAACUCUUUGAAUGAGAAAGAAACGGAUAAGACGCUGAAAUUAGAGUUGGAAAAAGGUGUUUAAUGGAAGAGUUUGAACGCGACAGUAUUGGAUAGUAUUGAGUAUUAAUAGAUUCUGUUGAUACACCUUAAAAUUGAUUUUUACGGAAUUUCAGACGCAUCUCUGCGACUUUAGAAUUUAAAAUUUAGGAGAUUUUUGACAAAUUCUUUUUAUUCUAUUAGGUUGAUGCAAAAGUAAAUACGGUUUUCGUAGUUUUGACUACUUUACAUCUGAAGAAUGAU